GGCGGUAAACAAGAUGGCGGCGGCGUGUCGGUCUAGGAAAGGGGAGGCGGCUCUCGGCGUCCGCGAGUGAGGCGCGAGCCGCCGAGGGCGGCGCCGGCGUGGAGUUUUCUCUCGCGGGCAGCAUCUUUCUGCCUGGAGUUAGACUACCCCCUCGCCGCUCCGGCCUCCUGCCUGUCGCGCGGCGGCUAGGCGGCGAGGGGGACGCGCCGCCCGGGGUGUUUUUUCCCCCGCUCGGUCCCCGGAAGAUUCCUGUCCCGACUUCGUGCCCGCGAUCUGCGGGUGUCCAGGUGUCCCGCGUCCGGGUGGAGUCUGCGCCCCGAGAAGUCGUGGAACUAAGGGGCCACGCGCGGCGUCGGCGCGGGCCGGACAUGGACGGCGCGGACCGGCCUCGACGCGGCCGCCUGGGCCCCUGAGCGCGGGGCCCAAGUGGCGACCAUGACCUAGCGGCCCGCGCGCCGCGACGGCGGACCGUCGCCUCCGUCGGAAGCAGCGUCCCCGGGGACCCGAAUUGGGGGGACGCGAGGGUUGGGGGGGCUCAUUGCUUUUUUUUUUUUUCAUUCUUAUUUUCAGUUUUUUUUUUUCUCCCUGAGCACCUAGAAGAAAAGGGGGAAAACCAAAAGUGAAGAAUUGGCGCCCAGGAAGCGGACGUGGACCCGGUUGUGGGGACCGGGAGGGUUGUGGAGGUCGUUCCUUUUUUCCCCCCUUCCUUUUUUUCUCCUUCUUGAACAUUUGGAAGAAGCGGGUGGGGGAAAUUCGAACUUGAAAAGAAUUGGCGCUCUCGAAAGGGAAAGGGACAAGGACAAAGAGUGGGCCAGGAUGGACGUGGCGGACCCCCAGCCGUUGGGCCUGUUCCCCGAGGGCGAGCUGAUGUCGGUGGGCAUGGACACCUUCAUCCACCGCAUCGACUCCACCGAGGUGAUCUACCAGCCGCGCCGCAAGCGCGCCAAGCUCAUCGGCAAGUACCUGAUGGGGGACCUGCUCGGGGAGGGCUCGUACGGCAAGGUGAAGGAGGUGCUGGACUCCGAGACCUUGUGCCGCAGGGCGGUCAAGAUCCUCAAGAAGAAAAAGCUGCGCAGGAUCCCUAAUGGCGAGGCCAACGUCAAGAAGGAGAUCCAGCUGCUGCGGCGGCUGCGGCAUCGGAAUGUGAUCCAGCUUGUGGAUGUGCUGUACAAUGAGGAGAAGCAGAAGAUGUAUAUGGUGAUGGAGUACUGCGUGUGUGGCAUGCAGGAGAUGCUGGACAGUGUGCCGGAGAAGCGCUUCCCUGUGUGCCAGGCUCAUGGGUACUUCCGCCAGCUGAUUGACGGCCUGGAGUACCUACACAGCCAGGGCAUUGUUCACAAGGACAUCAAGCCGGGCAACCUGCUACUCACCACCAAUGGCACACUCAAGAUCUCCGACCUCGGUGUUGCCGAGGCCCUGCACCCUUUCGCUGUGGAUGACACCUGCCGGACAAGCCAGGGCUCCCCGGCCUUCCAGCCUCCAGAGAUUGCCAAUGGACUGGAUACCUUUUCAGGUUUCAAGGUGGACAUCUGGUCAGCUGGGGUCACACUCUACAACAUCACCACGGGCCUGUACCCGUUUGAGGGGGACAACAUCUACAAGCUCUUUGAGAACAUCGGGAGAGGGGACUUCACCAUCCCUUGUGACUGUGGGCCACCACUCUCUGACCUACUCCGAGGGAUGUUGGAGUACGAGCCAGCCAAGAGGUUCUCCAUCCGACAGAUUAGGCAGCACAGCUGGUUCCGGAAGAAACAUCCUCUGGCUGAGGCGCUCGUGCCUAUCCCACCAAGCCCAGACACUAAGGACCGCUGGCGCAGUAUGACCGUAGUGCCCUACCUGGAGGACCUGCAUGGCCGUGCAGAGGAGGAAGAGGAUGAGGACUUGUUUGACAUUGAGGAUGGCAUCAUCUACACCCAGGACUUCACAGUGCCUGGUGUCGAGGAGGCGGCCGAGGCAGGGCUUAGCGAGGACGCAUGCGACACAUGCGUGUGGAAGAGCCAGGGCGCAGGCCUUCCUGGAGAGGAGCCCGAGGAGGGGUUCGGGGCUUUAGUGUAGCUCCCUGUGUGGUGCCCCACCAUGUCCUCUAUAAAGCUUUGUCCACUGUGUCUGCAGGUGGAUGCUUGCCGCGACUGCCCUGCCAUCACUAUCCUGACAGGCUCCCUGCCAGGGUUUCAAAGAACAUGCCUGGGUCCAAGGCCUGAGCCAUAUCCUCAGAGCAUGGGUGGUCACCAGCCAAGGCUCUUGUGGCCUUUGUCCCUGUGCCCCUCAAGCCAGCCUCACUCAGCUCUUGGCCUUUCAAAUAGUUGUUGGGGGAGGGUAAGGACCUUGAGCUACUAUGUCAGUUGAGAGUUCUGAAAGUAGUGCUCACUGGGUGCCAGGUGGGACCCACAAGGACAGGUGUACACCUCAUGUCCAGUACGGGCCCUUUGCCACAGCCCUUCCUAAGGUUGAAGCCAUCCCUGUGUGGGAAUAGUGUCUUUACUGUCACCUGGAGCCCUUGCCUCGACUGUCCCACAGGCUGGGCUCCUGGCUAAGAGCUGGUGCCUGACAGGGCCCUCUUCAUGUGGCUCCUCUGUGGGGGAGGAGAAGCAUGAAGGACUCUCAAGGCUGCUGUGGUUUAAGGGAGGCAAGGUUCUGGGGACACUGGGUGGCCAUGGGGCCCCUUUGUCAACUGGGGUAGUGUUGCACAGAGUGAAGUGACAGCCUGGUCCCUCUGUACCUGGCUUGAGGGUCAUACUCAACAACAGGACAGGGGCUUUCUACUCAGUGCCUUGUGUGGAAGAGGGAACAGAUUGCCUCCUCAGAGUCCGCCUGACCUCAUGCCCCAGUCCUGUCCAGAACGAGAGCCAGCAUGGGUGCUGCUCGUGUGGCCGGGUCAGAGGUUCUGAGAGAAAUUGUGGACCCAGAAGCAUGGGCAGUGGGGCUUGUGCUGGGUCCCCACAGCUGCAUCGCAGAGCACUGGGCUGUGUAGCUACAUGUAGACACUGCCCACUGGGACCUCUUGUUCUACCAUGAGGGCAGGCCAGCAGAGCAAGCUGGGCCUGCAGCCCCCAGCUGGAUGGUCUCCGAGCUCAGCACAGCUAGUAGCCCUGGGUCGAUUGCUUCAUCUCCUUGUGCCUGUACUGAGGGUCUAGAGCCUGGCUCCCUGGAGAGCUCUGAGCUGGUGUUGGGCUGCCCAGGCUAGACAGGCAGGUGAGCAUGGGCGCCUUACAGGUGGGCCAGGGCACACCACUGACGGCAGUGGGCCUGCCUGUCUUUGAGCUACUGAAGGGUGGCACGAGAGGCUAGAGAGCGUAAGCCUGAGCAGCCUCUUGCGCGGUUGGGGCUGGCUGGGCCCUGGGGCUUUGAGCUGCCUGCCCCUUGGCUCAAGCUGUUUGCCAU